UGGUUGUCAGAAGGAAGGAACACUCUUGACAAUGGUAGGUUAGAAAUUCCUCUCAUGGGUUGUCGUUGUGCAUGCCCCAUAUCGGAUGAUGCUCGGCACGUGUAAACUUAAGUUUACACGCGCUGGCUGGCGCGUGGUAAUAAAGGUUGACGUACGUUUAACGACUAAUCCAUCAUGGCUCACCAUGUGCCAUUCUGAUUGUGCCUUUCGUUAUUCGUCACAGACAUGCUGUUUAGAUCUUUGUGCCCUGCUGUGGGUGCACAAACGUGAAAUGGUCGUGCUCGUUUCCUUUUCAGCUUCCUAACCAUUUGCUUUCCAGUUUCUUCUUUCGGGAAUGACAGGAGUUGAGAGUGACACCAUAUUCCGUGACGUCACUGUCUGAGCCGUUAAAACUAACUCGCCAAACCAGACGAGGCCCCAUUCGUGCACAUACGCUCGCCAGUCGAAACGCCUGCCACCCAAAUGCUAGCCUAUUUGAAAUAGUUUAUCCUUGUUCAUCAAGUCCUUAUUUACACAACUUAUAUUGUCCAGAUGGGCAAGAAGUGCUUUGUGCCGCGAUGCAACUCGGGCUACAAAUCGUGCUCGGAGAAAGUUUCCCUUUUCGCUGCUCCGAAGGAUAGUGACCGCUUGAAAGUGUGGCGACAUGCUAUUCCACGGAAGGAUCGCGAGUUGCAAACAACAGAUUUUGUUUGUGAAAAACAUUUUGACGCGCGAUUGGUCACCAAAUCAUGGGAAGCGCUAUAUAAAGGAAACGUUCUUGUCAGUGCGCCGAGGAAGGCGGCUUUGGCAAAAGACGCCAUCCCAACAAUAUUUCCUGGAUGCCCGAGCCACCUAACCAAGACUGUGAAGAAAAGGAAAGCACCUGCGACCCGUGUUUGCCUUCCCGCAAAGAAACGCUGUGUUAGUGGUGGAGAUUCAUCAAGCUCAACUCCUGCCAUCGAGGAGUCAUCGCUGGAUAGUCGAGGCUCCGAUACCGCCCUCUCUGGAAUUGCCGAGGCGAUCUCAGUUUCCUGUGCCACCACUGCCAACUGCAGCACCGAGGCCACUGUGUUCGAGCCAGGUGCAGAACCAGGUACUGAUGAUAUCCUUAAAAACUCUGAAUCAGUCACUCUGCCAACUGCAGCUUGGGCACAUCAUAAAAUAAAUAUCGAUGGCCAGAAAACGGUAGUGUUUUCAGAGAUGCACGUGUCUAAUGCUGCAUUCGUGGCUGCGAAUACAGUGUCUUGUGCUGUGGGAAUGGCUGCGGAAGUCGAAGGAUACAACUACUAUGCCGCUCCUGUUAAUCACAUAUAUCCAAGAAAAGUCGUGAGCUUCGAUGAGGCACUGAAUAUCAACAUCGCUUUUUUGGGCAGGCGAAUAGCAAAAGAACAACUCGGAUUUCAUGGAAAUAUCCGCAACAUAGCCGAUAUUGAGACGCUGAUUUUCCUUGUGCACAACGUUCGUUUAUGCAAUGGAGGGCCUUACUCUAAAGAAUAUCCGAACGCACAGCCUUCCAGCGCUUAUGUUGAUGUAACAAGCCGCUGGAGACACAACCAAUGUGUCCUUCUGCUGCAGUCGGACGCAGCUUCAUGCCAAAGAUGUCAGAGCCUUCAAACCACACUUCGUCUUCACGAGAAGCGCAGACUAGACAAGGAGAAACAAAAGCGGCCUAUGCGAUAUUUCCGAUUGUCGAGUCUUCGAAAGACUGAUGUGGUGACUUUCAGAAGAGCGCAGUAUUCAUUAAAGAAGUCUGUUGAUCGUCUUAAGAAGAAAGUGGGUUCUUUGACAUCCCAACUUAAGUCCUGCCAAGAAAAGCUGUCGACAAUGUCGGAAGAGUCUCUUGAUGACAAGCUCAGCGGUUUAAACAUUCCUGAAGGUGAAGCGACUGUUAUUAAAGAAUGUUUAGCGGCUGCGAAGUGCACCAGCAAGAAGAAUCGGCGCUACAGCGAAGAGUGGCUCCUACUUUGCCUGCUCUUGCACAUUCGUAGCCCGUCAGGCUAUUCCUUUCUGCAUGAUAACAACGUAUUGCCCCUUCCGUGUGUGUCAACAGUGCGGAAAUACCUCUCCAUGGUGCGUGUGAAAUGUGGUUUUGACACUCGUUUUUUUAGUGCGUUCAAAAAAAAGCUCUCAACAAAAGACGCUUUUCGAAGACAUGGAAUUCUGGUGUUUGAUGAAAUUAACGUUCGCAAAGAAUUGCGGGUGAACUCCAAAACAAUGACUUAUUCUGGACAUGCAGACUUCGGAAAUGAAGCUGAAGCGCCGAAGCAGCUAGCCGAUCAUGGACUUGUGUUUGCAUUCCGUUCUUUUGGUGAGAGCUACUCCCAACCCGUGGCUGUUUUUGCAAGCCACGGCCCUACAAAAGGAACUGUGUUGUCCCAGCUUGUAUUGAAGGCGAUACUCCUUCUUGAAGAUGCAGGCGCAUUUGUCGAUGCGAUUGUGUGUGACGGUGCCACGACCAAUCGAUCCAUGUGGAAGCACUUUGGUGUAACUGGUGCUUUAAAUGGUGCAAAGAACUAUUUUGUUAAUCCUGUGUGUGAGGAACGAAAUGUUUAUCUUUUUUCAGAUGUGCCACAUCUAAUCAAGUGCGUGCUAAACCGGCUUCUGAAGCAAAAGCUAUUCUCUCUAAACGGCAGCCGCGUGAUGUGGUCACACUAUGACAAACUUUACGUAGUCGACACCAAGGCCGAAGGCAUGUUGAGGGUUUGCCCAAAACUUUCUUUCUCACAUGUAAACCCAAGCAACACCGAAAAAAUGCGCGUGAAGCUUGCAACGCAGCUGUUCAGCCUCAGUGUGGCAAACGGUUUAGAAUUUUACUCACAGAAGGGAUCGCUUGGCUUAUGCAAUGUAAAAGGGACAGUUGAUUUUACGGUAAGGAUGAAUAACCUGUUCGAUGCCUUCAACCGCAAGCACCCCAAGGAAGGCCUCAGAGAAGGAAGCAAAGAUUUCAGCAUCCUAGAAUCAACAUUGCAAUGGCUGAACAACUGGGAGAAAGAUGUCAAGCUAGGUAAAGUAAAUCCUCACAACUUCCUGUCUCAAUCAACUGCUGAAGGUAUGCGAGUAACAAUACUUUCUACAAUUCAGCUUUCAAAGUAUUUGUCAGAACAGUGUGGCUUUAAAUAUGUAAAUAUGCUUUAAAUAUGCUUUAAAUAUGCAAACAGCUAAAUUCAACCAGGACGUCCUUGAAAAAUUCUUUGGCGUCAUACGCCAAGCAAAUGGUCAGAAUGACCACCCUUGCUUACCUACGUUUUUGCAGUUAUAUAAUAUGCUUUCAAUAUAUAGCCUUGUGAAGCCGCCAAAAUUUGGCAACUGCCAAGUACAGAUUAGUGAAGAGCCACGCCUUUUGAGCCUCUCUGACCUAACGUCAGCAUUUCAGGAAUCUGCUCCUCUAGAGUCGCGUCUGGAGGGACUGAAACAGAAACUAGACGGCUUAGUGGAAGAAAAAGCUGAGUGUGAGAAUGUCUUUUCGGAUAUAUCCUCGUCAGAUAAUGUGACCGACUGUAUAAUUUAUUAUAACACCAGUUGUCAACAAUGUCGCAAUGGCUUGGCAGCUACAAGUAAUGCAGCGUCGAAGCCUGAAGCUGCAUUAGUAGCCUGCAAGACGCGAGGGGGACUGGUACACCCGAACACUUGCCUGUUUAUGUUCUUAAAGGAAGUUGAAGCAAUAUUUUGCAAACAUGCUGGAGAAAAGCACGCAUAUGACAUGACAAUAGACUAUGUAGUAGAAAAUUCCAUGUUAUCAUUUCCCUGUCAUGAGCACAAGGUGGAUGUUAUGUCGAAAGUGCUUCAUUAUUAUGUUGGAGUCAGGAUGAGGCAAUACUGUAAGCAGCUGUGGAAGGUUGAAGCAGACAAGACGCAGAAGCUACGAAAGCUUUCGAAGCUUGUCUAGUGUGUUGUGGCUUUUAUCCUGUCAAUGCAUGUUGUGCUGGUACAGAUGAUGCACUGUCGAAUGAAUAAAGUGUUUUUUUCUUUUUACUACCA